CGGGCCACCGACGAGUUGCAGUCAAGUCCAAACGCGGCGGACACACGCACAUCGACCAAUCUGUAUAAUAUCGUCCGAUAUCCUUCGGCGACGGGUCAUUUACGACUGCGGGAUAGGACAGCUACAACACCCGUGAAUUCCGAGGAUCAACAGAAAUGUAUAUCACCCUGCACUUGGCAUUAGCCGCAAUAAUUGGCUUUGGACUUUCAGAAGCCCGACAGCAAGAACAUGACAUAGCUUAUUACAUUCAUCCAUGCCAAAGGUCUGGCCCAAACAUAAAUGAAUGUUUGACUUAUUCAGCCAACCAUUUGACCAUGCACCUCCGGAAAGGAAUUCCAGAGUUGGGCAUCGAAGAGGUGGAACCCAUCGUGAUCGACGAAAUCAACUUGUCGCUGGGGUCUGGCCCAGACGGGUACAGGGCCACGUUCAAAGACAUCCAAGCGUUCGGCGUCAGCAACUUGACCGUCAACCAAGUCAGAUCUGAUCUAAAUUCACUGCAGUUCCAACUCACCUUCUCGAUCCCAAAAAUUUCAGCUAUUGCGCAUUACAGAAGUUCGGGAGUUCUUAUUAUGGUCCAAGCUACCGGCGGUGGUGAAUACUGGGGUGAAUACGAGGGCGUUAAAGCCAAAGUCUACAUCAAGGCCAGUGAAGUAGAACGUAACUCUCGAAAAUAUUUGCAUUUAGAAGAUUUGAAAAUGGACUUUAGCGUUAAAGAUAUUCAAAUGGGUAUCAAAAAUGUCCACAACGGAAAUGCUGUCUUAGAAGCCGCAUUGAACUUAUUCAUCAAUUCAAACUCACAAGAACUGCUCAAGGAAAUGAAGCCACACAUUAAAAAGAAGCUCAUGGUUGGCAUGAAGUCAUUCAUCGAUAACUUAUUCAGCAGAGUGCCCUAUGACAGUUGGGUCAUCGAUUAAAUACCUGGACCCAGCACCGAAAUGGCGUCCGACUAAUAAUUGUUACUUAGUGCUAACGUCGUUUCCGAAAUGAAAACGCAUCUCUUUGCAUAUUGCAACGCUCAAUAAUAUGUCGAGUGCAAUAUAAUUUAUCACAUAAUAUAUUUUUGUAUAAUAUUAAUUUAAAUAUGUAUGACCUAAACAUUGUGUAUAAAAGACACAUAAAAAAAAUUAAUAAUAACAAAUGCUUGAUCUCGACUGCACAUUUAUAUUUUGUAUUAUGUACCAAAGCGUAACCGUGUCUUGUAUAGGUACGCAUUGAAUAUCAAGCAUUUAUUUCUAAACACAUUGUGAUCCGCUUUUUUAUUUUUGUAAGUUAAACAUUUAAUCUUGUACACUUUAAUACAGACUUAGAUUUUAUGCUUAGGAAUAAUUAUCAUCCGAGUUUUUAAUUAUAUAAUUUCAAUAUCUGUUAAAAUUAAUUACGAGCAAUUGUUAAUUUUUUUUCAAUAAUUGUUUUUAUUUAUUGUAUGUUCCUUUUCUCAUUAUGGCCAAAUGAAAUAAAAUCAUUUAAAAAUAUUUAUAAAUAUAAUUUUAUUACAUUUUAUGUAAAUAAAACACUGUUUAUGUAGAACUGUAUUUGCUCGCCUUCGGAAGACUCAUUUGCUACUAUAUAAUAAUGUAGUAUUAUAGGUAGGUAUACCUAAAAACAGUAAUGUUAUAAAAAUAAAAGACAAAAUUAUUCAAAAACUCCAGUAGCAUUAUGUGUUUUUACGAAAUACUAACUUAUCGAUUUGGUAUGUAUUAUUUUGUAUUGUUUUUUUAUUUUUUGAUUAAAGUUUUUGAAAAAGUGUUUGCCGCUAAAUAUUAAACUUUAUAAAGAAUUGGUACGUCAUUACACAUUUUUAGAUUUAUUAAUUAUUGUAUUAUGCGUGUAGGUAGAUUUGACAUCUUAGAAAAUGAUAUAUAAAUGUUGUAUUUUUA